AUGCUCUUACUACUUCCAUAUGAACUACAGUUGAAAGUUAUAGACUUCAUUUCCCCAAGGGACCUACCCUCCUUCUUAUCGAGCUGUAAAUAUCUUCAGGAACUCUGUCGCAACCACCUGCAAGAACACAAGAGAUACCGAAAAUGGCAAUCCGAAGUCCUCUGCUCUUUGACUCCAUCAAACAUCCGCCGGUGCAGAACGAAUGAGGCCUUUAGCAAAGGUGAUCCGCGAUUGUUGCUCGAGAUCGCCCAAAGUCCCCGCUUGGCCCCGUACGUGGAGGAACUGUCCUCGGAGCCCUUCGAUUGUCCACAGGGACUAUGCUUGACCUGGGAUUCGAGUUUACAGUGCAUUAGCCGGCUUGUUCAAGCAUCACGCAUCGUGGAGUAUGAAGAAGUGUGGGACUGGAUGCAUGCAGUGGCCACUGGGACCGGGGGAGCUGCAUUGGCACUUGCCCUUGGGCAGCUGACAGAGCUGAAGAGUAUGGAAUUAAAGGUGAACGCCUACGAUAUUAUCUUUCCCUAUGUCCUCCGCGCCGUAAGUAGGCUGGCAACAAGGUCUUAUAGAGGACUCCAGGAUCAGCCCCUGUCGAGUUUGACUGACGUGCGAGUCAACUUCCUAUCUUAUGACCACGACGAGGAAGAAGGCGACGAUGAAUGGAAUGGGUCCGAAAGUAGUGAGGAUAGACGAGAGCAACGUUUACAGGCAGUACUCGGGGAGGACCACUUUCAGCAGAUCAUCCGCCUCUUAACUGCGUUGGCUCGAUUGCCAGCUCUUAAAAAUCUCUCUCUCUGGGACUACUACUCACAGCCAGUUUAG